GGGAGGGACGUCACUUUUUAUUGACAAGAUAAACGAGGGAAGGAGGAUGUGAUUGAAGCACUGGAAGCUGCAGGAGUUUUUAGGAGCUGUCCAGAUGCUGAAAGAGCAUCAAGCAGCCUUUCAAUUAGUAAUAAGAUCUGGUGGCUCUGCAGGAACUGAUGUAAUUUUUAACACUAGUUGAAAAUAAACUAUUCAUCCGUUACGUGUGACCUAAAGCUUCAGCCUGAACAUUUGAUGUUGUUAAUUUUAGGCGGUGGUUUCCUGAACCGAAGGAGCGAGAAAAGGAAAUUGCUCUCUUAAAGGCUGGUUCACUACAAACCAAUGCUGUAUUCACGUCCCUCGGUGCUUAUUUAUUUUCUGUUAGAGGGUGUUAAAACCAGUGUGGACCAAAAUAACGAUCCGUCCAGCCAUAGAUCAAUAGCUUGAAUCUGCAACGAGUGUCAUUCGCAGCCCUGCAUGUAGGAGAAUGCAGGCAGGAGGGGUGGAGUUCACUGCUUUUACUUUUCAAACGCUCCUCUGGCAGAAGAGCUCAUUCUUUCCCUGGAAAACAGCGGAGUUGGCGCUGAUGCGUCCUGGCAUGUGAUCCCACUUUUUUUUUUGUUUUUUGUUUUUUUUUUAAGUCAAAUCUAUCGCCUCGCCGCUGCAGCCUCCCGUUCAACUUUCCAUGCUGUUGCCCGUCCUCAGAUGGACAGCACUUAGGAGGUUUGAUUGGACCUUAUCCGCUCUCGCUCCCUCGUCCGCUGCGCUCCGGCUCUCCGCCCUCGGCUCUUCAGGUUCAGAGGGAGUCGGCCUGGGUCUCCCGCACCCAUGGAGGGAGACGUUAUGGACAAAGUGGAGGCCACGGCGACAGUCCGUGACUUCGACCCCAUCAGUGGGAGCAUCCCGGCCACUAAAGUGGAGAUCACCGUGUCAUGCAGGAACCUCUUGGACCGAGACACUUUCUCCAAAUCUGACCCAUUGGUCGUGUUGUACACCCAGGGUGUGGAGUCCAAACAGUGGAGAGAGUUUGGCAGAACAGAGGUGAUAGACAACACGCUAAACCCAGACUUUGUCAGGAAGUACAUCCUGGACUACUUCUUUGAGGAGAAGCAGAACCUGCGCUUUGACGUGUAUGAUAUUGACUCUAAAAGUCCAGAUCUGGCAAAGCAUCCACCCGACUUUAACGACUUCCUGGGACAGGUCCACUGUACACUGGGAGAGAUUGUGGGCUCACCUGCCAGUCGGCUGGAGAAACCUUUGGGUGGCAUACCUGGGAAGAAAUGUGGGACCAUUAUCUUGUCUGCUGAGGAGCUGGGAAACUGCAGAGAUUACGCCACCAUGCAAUUCUGUGCCAACAAACUGGACAAAAAGGACUUCUUUGGAAAGUCAGACCCCUUCAUGGUCUUCUACAGAAGCAACGAGGACGGCACGUUCACCAUCUGCCACAAGACUGAGGUGGUGAAGAACACGCUGAACCCUGUGUGGCAGCCCUUCUCCAUCCCUGUCAGAGCGCUCUGCAACGGGGACUAUGACAGAACGAUCAAAGUAGAAGUGUAUGACUGGGACAGAGACGGGAGCCACGAUUUCAUUGGAGAAUUCACCACCAGCUACAAAGAGCUGUGUCGGGGUCAGAGCCAGUUAAACAUCUAUGAGGUGGUGAAUGCCAAGAAGAAAAUAAAGAAAAAGAGAUACAUCAACUCUGGGACGGUGUCCUUGUUGUCAUUCAACGUGGAGUCAGAGCACACCUUCUUGGAUUACAUCAAAGGAGGGACUCAGAUUCACUUCACAGUGGCCAUUGAUUUCACUGCAUCAAACGGAAAUCCGUCCCAGUCUACUUCACUGCACUACAUGAACCCAUACCAGAUGAAUGCCUAUGCCAUGGCCCUCAAGGCCGUGGGAGAGAUCAUCCAGGACUAUGACAGCGAUAAGAUGUUCCCUGCGCUGGGAUUCGGUGCUAAGCUGCCCCCAGAUGGGAGGGUCUCACAUGAGUUCCCUCUGAAUGGCAACAUUGAGAACCCGUACUGUAACGGCAUGGAGGGGAUUCUCGAAGCUUACCAUCAAAGCCUUAAGACGGUUCAGCUGUAUGGACCCACCAACUUCGCCCCUGUUGUUAAUCAUGUGGCAAGGUAUGCAGCUGCGGUUCAGGAUGGAUCUCAGUACUUUGUCCUGCUCAUCAUCACUGAUGGCGUCAUAUCAGACAUGGCUCAGACCAAGGAGGCCAUAGUGAAUGCAGCUAAACUCCCCAUGUCUGUCAUCAUUGUUGGAGUUGGUCAAGCUGAGUUUGAUGCCAUGGUCGAGCUGGAUGGUGAUGACAUCAGGAUCUCCUCACGGGGGAAGUUGGCAGAGAGAGACAUUGUACAGUUUGUCCCGUUCAGAGACUACAUGGACCGCACAGGUAACCAUGUGCUGAGCAUGGCGAGGCUGGCUAAAGACGUACUGGCUGAGAUCCCUGACCAGCUGAUCUCCUACAUGAAGAGCAGAGGCAUUAAACCCAACCCAAUCCCACCAGCUUACUCCCCUGGCGACCUCCCCCAGACCAACCCCGUCUGAGCCCCCUUCCCCACACACAGCUCUGCAUUGGGGUUGGGCAAGUUUGGGAUUGAUUGGAACCCGCCUCCACCAACCGUCCUUAGAAGGGGAAAAUGGAAUCGCUUUCGAGGCCCUUUCGUAAAUAUUAAUCCGGCUAAACAAAAAGAUGAUGAGACUCCAUUGUGGUUUUUGGAGCACUAAGACUGUUUUGGGGGAACGUGCUGAUGAUGAUGAUCAGGGAGUUUUUCUCUCUCUCAGUGCUUGAGGAUGAGAGCGCUGAGAGGAGCCCGGUGUAGAGGGAGGUUUUAGUCGUUCGCUGUCAAACCUGUCAAAGUGGUGAUGUAAUGGAUAGCAAGUAAACCCAUAGAGAGGGCCUGUUUGAAGGCAUACAUAUAUUAGAAUGUGCCAGUGUGUAUCAUGUUUGUGAUACCUUUUGGAGUUGAUGUGUGUUAUACUAGGAGAUCAUGUGUAUACUUAUUUAUUUAUUUAUUGCCGAAAUAAUUUAUUCCUUUGAGGGGGUUUUAAAGGGUGGGGAUUAAAGUCAUAUUUCCCCAGUAGUUUUCCAUCUUAUAUUUUGUGACAAGUGUAAUAAAAAAAAUCCCCAUUUCUACUUUGAUAAGGACUGUAAUAUAAAAGCAUGUGAUGAAACCUAUUCAGCAGUUUAUGAAUCAUUUUCAGUGAUGGAUAAUUUUUGAUUGCAAGCUGUAAUGUAGAUGACCUGCUGUGAGCUGUUGCCAUACUAAUUUUCCAGCACCACGUCUUAUACAUAUUUCUAGUAUUUAUAUUAACAGAAUGCACUAAUUACUGUCCAAAUAAAAAGCACAAAGGUUAUAAUGUUAAUAAGCUGAAAACCACUAUUUUGAAAGAACCAACAGCUCCCACAAUGAAAAUAAUGGAAAGGACCACACAAUAUGUUUUUAACGUGGUGUUAAUAUGGUCUUCCACCAUCAUUUUAAACAGGAUAACAGUAUAUUUAUAAGAAAACCAUUAUACUGUUGUAUUAAAAUGAACCUGUAUUUAUCAUAAAAAACAGUAUGUUUACAGAAAAACAGAUGAAUAAUUCAAAGCACCCACUUGCUCCCCCUGUUAGUAUGCAGACAGGUUAAUUAUACUGCUUAAGUCAUGCUGCCAAAUCCCAUUUGUUAUCUUGCUGUUUAUGCUUCUUUCCAUUAUAUUUGUUGUGGUUAUGGUUUAUUUUCUGGGAUUUUGCCCAGUACUUUUAAAGGACCCUACAAAUAAACUUUUGAAAGACUGAUGUCAGCUAAUAGCCACUUUCUUUUUCCUCCUUAAAUUGAUUUGUUUUCCCAGUAUGAAAACUGAACAAUCACAAAUCUUGCAACAGAAUAUGAGAUAUUUGGGUGUUGAAUGUUUUUUAAAGUGAUUUAAAGAAAACAUCAAAGUGAUUGCACAAAACAAGAAUGGUUACAAGUCCAUUUGUUCUGAGUCAGUCAGUGUCUUACAUGUGCAUCGUGUCCUCUGUGUUUUACUUUUUCAAAUUUAAAACAUCAAGUGUUCCCAGACAGCCCAUUUUAUAACAAAACAUUGGGAUAUUGUUUUAAUACCUAAGACUUUCACUAUUUUAUUUUACAAUUUAAUUCAAGUCACUGCAUUUCCUUUUAGUGACUGUAUAUAAAUUUUUAAAAGACAGUUACAGCCAUUGUGGCCCAGUUGUGUGCAUCCUAAGUUUUCUAUUUAUAAUGGCCGUUGUUUUCACUAGCAUCUCUCAGUCACUCAAUUUCUCGAUCCAAAUGUGCCUAUUAUAUGGAAACAUAUCCAAAUUCUGUUACCCAGGUGUUACUCUGCCAGCAGCAGCAGGUCUCAUGUUUAAGAUGUACACACAGAAAACGUUGGUGAUGAUAAAACUGUUGCAAGAUUAGGACUAUAACAGCCUCAGUGGCUGAUGCGCACUGUCUCAACCAGUGUUGUGUACUUUUUAUACUUACAGCUCUUCACUAAUGAUCUUUGAAGUAAUGAGAGUUAACAGUGUCGCUGAGCCUUCUUGUACAAUAUUCAAAGUCAAGACUUGUUUACAAUUCAUCUGUGGCUAUUUACAUUGCCUCAAGGAAAAAGUAAACAUUCAUGGGUUUCAUUAAGAGAUGAAUUUAUUUUUGAUCUGUUGUGUUAUUUAGUCUUGCUUUGUACUUACAGAGUUUCUUUGAAUGACACUGGAGAACUAACGUUUACAAAGAUUUGUUGUGUUGUCCUCUGAGAAUGUGAAGCUCUUAUUUCUUGCCGUUGUUAUACUUUGUCUUGUGUUUACGUAAUUCAUGUUGCUUUACGAUCUUUGUAAUCUGUUUUAUGGUCUUUGACUCCCACUGCUUUAGUGCUCUCAGAGAGCAGAUAGUCUGAUGAUGUAGCAAAAACUCAGUCCAGAGGCAGUGAACUCCUUCUGUCAUCGGCCCGGCUCCAUAUUUCUUUUUCUUUCUCUUUUUUUUUUCUGUUUUAAUUUUUCAGUGGUGAUGACGUUUCUCCCUCAGAAGACAAAGCAGCUUUUAAUCUGCUGCCAAAUUCUCUUGUUCAUCAGAACUGAAAUGAGGCCAUUAAGUUUACUUACAUAACGCUCAUAAAUACCAGUAUACCUCUACAGAAAGCCAUUCAAGCCAAAAAGAAAUAAUUAAUAUACACUGAGUACAUUUGUUAUUAGAUAUAUUUAAGUAUUAUGACUUACUAAUUAAAAUAUCAAAUAUCUGAUAUAUUUACUUUGCAAGUAAUCUCUUUAAACUCUACUUUUCAAAGUGAUUUGAAUUAUUUUCACAUUUUUAAUUUCAAAUCAAUUACACGGUACUCAUUACUCAGAAAAUUAACUUAGGAAAGUUCAUCAUUUAGGAGGCAUGUUGCCCACUGAGUCAUCAUCAGCAUGCAGCUCAUAUCCUGAGUGCGAUGGCAAAUGUCUGAGAAAAGAGGACAUGAAAACAUGAAGGGUAGGUGGGGUCGUAUGUUGUGUGCACAUUUCAAACAUAUUUCAUCUCAUUAACAUUGCUCAAAAAUCAGUUAAGGUAGGUUAAAAUGGCUUUUUGGCUGUUGUACUAAAAUUACAAUAAACUGUACUGUUUUUUCCCCCCUGAGGCCUGUUUCAAAAUCUACUACUAUUCCCAGUACUAAACAAAUAAUAAAUAGAUAUGAAAUGAGCACAGUAAUGACACUUAUGCAAUUGUGAAACAUUGAAUUGUUAUGAAAUAUAAUUUUCAGUCUAGAAGAUGUCUUUCCAACAGCACAAUUAUUUAUUUUCUCUUGGUGGAAAUGGCUUUGAUUAUCCCUUCAUUUUGAUUUUUCUCUGAGGCUGAAACCUAAUUAUGUACAUAAGCCCCGUAUAAAGACUAUUCAGUGCCAAAAUAUGUUCCGAUGAACUUGGCCUCUUUAGACAAUGUGCAUGUUUGUGCCAAAAUGGCAGGAAGUUUGGUAAUCUGCCUUCAUUUCACCUGAUUAGUGCAUCUCCCAUGUGCUUUGUUUGUUAUUUCCGAUGUUAUUUAGAAAUAACAGCCACUUCUAGCAUGUUGUAUCUCUGGGUUCUUUCCAUUCUGUUCCUAUGAGACACAUACUGUAUGGGUUCUUCUUGCCACUACUCCUGUUUUAUCCCAGGUUGUUUACAUACCUCUCUUGGUCUCUGACUUGCAUGCUGAAUAAUUUCCAAACCAGGUGUUGGACAUGAUAUUGUCGUCAUACUGUGGUUUGUGAAAUGCUUUGUAAUGGAUUGCCUUAACUCAAGAUUAAUAAAAUAUUGACAACUUUG